AUGUUGGAUCGAACGAUCAAACAACAAGUUGUCCUGGCGGGAUACAUUUCCCGCAUGUGGAUAAACCUGCAAAAAUUAGGACAAGCCAAAAUCACGGCGUAUGAAGUCUCGAGCCGGCUGGCGCGCCUCGAUGAUUACUGGAAGCGUUAUCAGGACGUGCACUUUGAAAUCGCAGCCGAUCCCGAAGCUGACAAAACGAAUUACGUCAAGGACGACUACUUCACCAAAACGGAAGAAGAGUAUUUCGGUAUGCGUAGUAGGCUUAAUGAUCUUUUCGUUCAGCUAAGCAGAGCGGGAAUUGUAGAGGUGGAGGAGCGCCCUGGGCCGAGCUCUACGGCGGUCGCGCCGGUACUUAAACAGAUGCAGCUUCCGAAGCUGGAGCUGCCGAAAUUCUCCGGCGAUCAACUCGAGUGGGAGGGUUUUCGAAAUUUAUUUCGCUCGCUCGUUCAUGACGUAACGGGCGUUUCUAAGGUGCAGAAGUUUCAGUACUUGAUGGGGUGCCUGACCGGUGAAGCAGCGGAGGUCGUCGCCGGCGUUCCCUUGACGGACGGCGUUUAUGAUGGGGCGUGGCAGGAUUUAGUGAUGCGCUAUGACAAUCCGCGAGUCCUGCUCUGCGCUCACAUGCGCCAUUUGAUUUCUUGCCCGGCCGCCAUUAAAUCUUCGGCUGGGGAAAUCAAACGAUUGCUGGGCGUGCUCAAUCAGGAGCGGCGGGCGUUCGUCUCAUUGGAGCGACCAGUCGAGGCGUGGGAUGAUUGGUUCGUCCACUUGCUCGUUAGCAAGUUGGACGCCACGACAUGGAUGUACUGGGAGACGUCACUCUUGGACUCGCGCGACUUUCCGACGUUUCGGCAAUUACAGGUCUACCUAGAGAACCGGGUGCGCGCUCUGGAGGCGGCUAGGGUGGACGCCCCCCUUCCGCGAGGAGGACCGGGUGCGGGUGCGAAGUCCGCAGCUAAGGCCACGCGCGUUGCAUGCAACACAACCGUGAUUCCGAAAACAAAGGCGAAGACGUGCUCUCUCUACUCGGGUGCGCACGCACUGACGUUCUGUCCCAAAUACAAGGCAUUGCCUGUUGCUCAACGCGCGGAACAAGUGAAAAAACUUGGCGCGUGUUUGAACUGCGUGAAACCUGGACAUCGGGCAGAUUCUUGCCCGGUCAGCGGUCGUUGCUUGGUGUGUGGCGCGAAUCACCACACUACCCUGCAUGGGCUUGGUUUCGGGCAGUCCGGAGGCACCACCAGGGACCAGCCACGAGGGACGGAGGAUACUGUCGCCGACGCUAACUCCUUGACAGCAAGCGUGGGCUCGACCGCCGCUACUAGCAGAAGAACCGUCCUGCUGACCACGGCACAGGUUCUGCUUGAGAGACCGUCUGGAAGGCAACUGCGGGUGCGGGCUCUGCUUGAUACUGGGUCAGAGGCCUCCUUUAUAACAGAGAGUGCAGCCCAAAUGCUACGCGCGCCGUGUCGCCGUGUCCGGGUUGCGGUAUCCGGUCUGCAGGGUACGCGAACCGGGGAGGCUGCUACCGCUGUAACGCUUGGCAUAAGGUCCCGAACAGAUGCCGCGUUCCGCCUCGAGACGGAGGCAUUCGUGCUCCGGCGAUUGACCGAUCUGCUGCCGCCUCAACGCGUUGUUGCGCGUGCGUGGCCGCACUUGACGAACCUUCCGUUGGCCGACCCGGACUUUGCGACGCCGGCUGCGGUGGACGUUGUACUUAGCGCCGACGUUUACCGACAAGUGAUGCGACCUGACAUUCGGCAAGGUGAACUAGGCUCGCCUUCGGCGCACCUCUCCGCCUUUGGCUGGAUUCUGACCGGCGCAGUGGAUUCCGGGGAGAAAGCUGCGGUCGCUGCGCACACGGUGUCGGUGCUGCUGGCACAGCCCAUUGAUGAGCUCACAACAGCUCUUAAGCGACUAUGGGAGCUCGAAGAGGUUGCUGCUCAGCGCGUUCCGACUCCGGAUGAGGAUCAAGCGGAGGAGCACUUCCGACGGACGCAUUUUCGGGACGCGUCGGGCCGAUACGUUGUACGGCUGCCCUGUCGUCCGGAUCGACUUAAGCGGCUGGGCGAGUCACGCUCGGCCGCGCUGUCUAUGCUGCUCAGCUCGGAGCGCAGCUUGGCGAGGAAGCCCGAGCUGCAGAAACGAUACAUCGACUUGAUGGUGGAGUAUCUCGCGCUGGAUCAUAUGAAUCCCGUACUGGCUGAUGCUCCUUCCAGGUCGGUGUCUUACAACUUGCCUCACCACGCAGUCUUCAAGGCUGGAGAGGCCACAGGGAAAAUACGCGUGGUUUUUAAUGCAUCCUUUAAAACAACAUCUGGUUAUUCGCUGAAUGACUGUUUGUUACCAGGUCCUCGAUUACAGUCCGACCUAUGGGUCAUCCUGACUCGAUGGCGAGGGUUCAAGGUCGGAUUCAUGGCCGAUAUAGUUAAGAUGUUCCGGCAGAUCCGAGUAAACCCGGCAGACAUGGACUUGCAGAGGAUACUCUGGCGUGCCGACCCAACGGAGCGAGUUCGAGAGUUCCAGCUCCGAACGGUGACUUACGGUACAACCGCGGCGCCCUUCCUGGCUAUACGCACGCUGCAGCAGUUGGCCAACGACGAGGCUGCGCGUUUUCCACUGGGAGCGACGGCCUUGUUGCGACAUUCUUAUGUCGACGAUAUCUUAGCUGGAGGAAGCGAUCUGUCGGCGACCCGGGAGGUCCAGCGCCAGCUAGUGGCACUGCUGCAGGCUGGAGGGUUCUCGCUGGACAAGUGGGCCUCGAACACGCGGGAGCUUCUCCCGCGGGCGUCGCCGGAGGAGGCAUUGCUGCCAGCCUUAGACGCAGUAAGCGCUCUCGGGAUAGUGUGGCAUCCUGAUGAAGACGCACUGUCAGUCCGUGUGACAGUAUCCCAGCAACACGAAACCACCACGAAGCGGACGGUCCUGUCUGAUGCGGCUCGCUUGUUUGACCCGCUGGGAUGGGUCGCGCCUGUUCUAAUAUUCGCCCGGGUCUUCAUGCAGGAUCUGUGGCUUGCCGGCCACGAUUGGGACGACCCGCUUCCCCUUGAGUUGGUGGACGCUUGGAGAGUCUUCACUGCUUCCCUGUCGGGACUGUCGGCUUUGAGAGUCCCGCGCUGGCUGCAGCGUGACCCGGGGGACGAGGUGGAGCUCCAUGGGUUCUCCGAUGCAUUGGAGAGAGCCUACGCGGCUCGGGUCACCAGGCGAGACGGCCGGGUAAGGGUGACCUUGCUAACGGCCAGAGCCAAGGUGGCUCCCGUCAAGACGCAGAGCGUGCCCCGCUUGGAGCUCUGCGGGGCUGUCCUGGUGGCACGGCUGCUCCGCCGGGUGGCGCGCGAGCUGGACAUGGAGGAUGCACCGAUCGUGGCCUGGACAGAUGCGAGGGUCGUCCUGUGCUGGUUGCGCUCUCAUGCGUCGCGCUGGCGACCAUUUGUAGCGCAUCGAGUGACGGAGGUGCAAAAUCUUGUGCCGGGCGAGCGAUGGAGGCAUGUCCCCACGACUUCCAAUCCAGCGGACCUGGCAACCAGGGGGAUUCCGUUCUCGGAGCUCCUUGGACUGGACCUGUGGUGGAGGGGUCCUGAGUGGCUGCGGGGACCGCCCGCCGCAUGGCCCGCGAUGGGUGACCUUGCCACUCGCCAAGAAGAAGAGGAAAGAAGGGCGGUGCAUUUAGCCGCUCCAGGAAAUAAGGAGGACCUCCUCGAGGAGAGAUUCUCGUCGCUGACGCGGCUUGUACGCGUAGUGGCGUAUUGCUGCAGAUUUUAUCGGAGCGCCCGAGGCAUACUCAAGCAAGACGGGUUCUUGACGAGCGCUGAGUUGGAGGCUAGUCUGUCUAGGUUGGUGAGACUGGCGCAGAGAAGAGAGUUUCCGGGGGACUUGGAGGCGCUUACGGCGGGCGGCCCGCUGCCGACCGGUUCGUCGCUGCGAGCUUUGAGUCCGUUCCUGGACAAGGAUGGAUCCUUGCGAGUGGGCGGUAGACUUCAAUCCGCUCAGCUGCCCUUCCCGGAGAAGCACCCUCUGAUUCUUCCAAAGGAGGGUCCUCUCACCGAGCUGGUCCUUCGCAACGCGCACACCGCUACCUUGCAUUGGGGCCCUCAACUGCGGAGCUAUCUCCUUCGCCGGUUCUGGGUCGUGGGGGUGGCCACUCGAGUGCGAAGGAUCGCCCGAGAGUGCGUGCGCUGUGCCCGUUUCCGUGCGGAAACGGCACAACAGAGGAUGGGCCAGCUGCCACCCGAACGCGUGCGUCCCUCCAGGCCCUUUGCAUCGGCGGGAGUCGACUACGCCGGUCCCCUGCGUAUCCGGGCUCACAAGGGACGAGGAAACAUCUCUAGCAAGGGCUAUAUCUGUCUCUUUGUUUGUCUAGCCACCCGAGCGGUUCACCUGGAGGCCGUGUCGGACCUGUCGGCGUCGGCUUUCAUUGCGGCGUUCCGCCGAUUCACAGCGCGUCGGGGUCGUUGUCGCCUGCUGCUUAGCGAUAAUGCCACCAACUUUCGAGGAGCUGACGCUGAACUGAGGGCUAGAUUUCGGGCCGCCUCUGAAUUCUAUAAGGAGGCCGGCGAGGUGCUGGCCAACGACGGGACCGAAUGGAGAUUCAUUCCGCCUCAGGCUCCUCACUUUGGGGGACUCUGGGAAGCGGGAGUUCGUUCGGUCAAGCAUCACCUGCGCCGCGUCAUCGGGGAUCAUGCCCUGACCUAUGAGGAGACGGCGACACUGUUGUGUCAGAUUGAGGCCUGUCUCAAUUCAAGGCCGCUAAGUCCAUUGAGCACGGACGCGGCGGAUCUGGUGGCGUUGACGCCUGGCCACUUCCUGGUGGGUGAGGCGCUCGGGAAUAUACCGGAGGUCCCCGAGUCCGAUCUUCAUCCCACGUCGCGCUGGCGGUUGAUCUCCGCAAUCAAGGAAUCCUUUUGGAGGCGGUGGCACUAG